UUCAAAGACUAGCCGUUUUCUAAACAAAGAAGAUUUUUUCCAAAGAAAUUCAAAAAUGUCUUCUUCUUCCAGGUUUGAUCUCUACAUUUUGUUCUUUAUUUUUCAAAAAUAGAUGAGGAAAAAAUAAAUAGGGGGAGACGAUGGGUUCACAAGAUAGCCGAACUGGAUAUUGUCCAGCCCCACAAUCCAGUUCGAAUCGGAGGUCCAAAACAUCGGGCGCCAACAAUACUCUGUAUCAGUAUCUGUAUCUCUACUUUGCGGCUGUAAAUAAAUAAUUAAUUUGGGCGAUAAAGAAACGUUUUCGCCAUUUUUUUUCAUACUCGUGGUUUCUUGAUUAUACAUACAGAAGCCCUAACCCAAUCUCUGCGUGGAAUGAUAAUUAUUUUGAAUUUUUUUCCUCGGAAAUAAUAAUGAAAAGAAGAAGAUGAAGCCGAAUUCCUACAUCUGCUUCACCUUAUUUUGAUAGAAUGUUUUCCGUUACAUGGCCAGUUCUCAAUCUCAGCAUCGCAGCGUUUUUGUUGGGAAUAUACCGUAUGAUGCCACUGAAGAACAACUCAUUCAAAUUUGUGAGGAGGUUGGCCCCGUUGUUUCAUUCAGAUUAGUUAUUGAUAGAGAAACUGGGAAGCCGAAGGGCUAUGGGUUCUGUGAAUAUAAGGACGAGAAGACAGCACUUAGCGCUCGUCGUAAUCUUCAAAGAUAUGAGAUAAAUGGGAAGCAGCGACGCGUUGAUUUUGCUGAGAUUGACAAGAAUGCUGACCGAAGUCGUGAACAGGGUCGGGGUGGUCCUGGAAUGGUCACAAAUGUUGAUCCACAAAAACAAUUUGGGGGCCCAGCAGUCCUCGUUGAUCUUAGUUUUCAUCAGCCAUUAGGUGACUCAGUAGCAGCUGCUGCUGCAACUGUCAUGGCAGGAGCUCUUGGAGCUGCUCAGACUACUAGCACAUCAAACCAGAUUGAUUUGCAAAGUCAGCCAGUGUUGGGCACUGAUCCUUUAACUCUUCAUUUGGCGAAAAUGUCAAGGAGUCAGUUGACUGAAAUUAUAUCCGAGAUGAGGGAAAUGGCUACACAAAAUAAGGAGCAAGCACGACAGCUGUUACUUGCCAGCCCAAACUUGUCUAAAGCCCUUCUCCAGGCCCAGAUAAUGCUAGGGAAUGGUGCCCCCACAAAUGUUGCGGAUGCCAAAUAUUCUGCAAUUUUCUCCACAGCGAGCACUGUUUUCACUACAGAGUGGUCAACAUGCUAUUACUCAAGCUCUCCCUGGACUUCCCCCACUUCCACAGAACAAGAUGCAUCUGAAUUUGUCCCGUGCACAGGAAAAUCAAGUCUCUUCUGCCCAUCUAAACCAGUAUUCAGUACUCUCACAAUUUCCUACACAAUCUCAGUUUCAACGUCCACAGCUAGCCCAAAACCAAGUUCUACUACAAGGCCAACUCCCCAAACAGUCUGGAAGUGCUGGAUUUCCCUCUGUGAGUCCACAGGAAAUGGGAAAUUUGUCAGUUAAACCACAUAUUCAGCCAGCAACUUCCUCUGCCUUGAUCCAGAGUGUGCAAACUCCUAUGUUACAACAUCAAGGUUCGAUUCCAUCUACUAGCUCAGGUAUACUGGGCAGAUGAUCACUCCAAAUGCAACCAUUAAACCUUCCUCACAGACGCCUUUUCAAUUCCCAGCUCAAGGGUUCCAUGGCAUGAAUCCCAAUUCAAAUGAUAUAUUGGAGUUCGGUUGAGGUUUUGAAAUUUCAACAUUGAGCAAAAUGGUCUUGCCUUCAUUGGCAAGCUUUUAUGCUCUCAUUUAAUGCACAACAGCCAAACUCCUCAGUAUUAUCUGGCAUGUGGGACAAUAUGGAUUUGAUAGGGAAUAGGAUAGACCAAACGAACCAUUCAUCGAAGUUGGCUACACCUGUACAUGGAGCAACCCCAAUUUUUGACAAUUCUAGAAAACAAGAUCCCAGAUCAGAAGGAAAUUCCAACUCCCAGAAGCAGGAUGCUGAGAUGCAGGUUCCUUCUGAGAUGGAAUCUGCUUUACUUCAGCAAGUGUUGAGUCUAACACCAGAGCAGUUAAGUUCCCUCCCACCAGAACGGCAACAAGAAGUUAUUCAGCUCCAACAGAUGCUUCGUCAGGCUUCAUAAUUCUAAGUUCCACAGGGGAAGACAGUGUAUUCUUGAAACAAUAUUUCAGUGUCAAGUGUCAACUGAUUGUUUACAUCUCUAGUCUAGGUUUCUAUAGGCUGCAGUGUCAUUACAUUCUUGUAAUAUUUAUAAGUUUUGAUUCGAAGAUGAAUGAAAUGCAGAAAAUUUUGCCCUUGUUAAUGAUAUCUGAACUAUGGUUCCCUUUCUUCA